UUUACACAAAGCAUGGUAAUAAUGUUUGGUCCACUUUUUCAACAGUCCCACAGACCAGCCGGCCAGACAGGCCUCAGACAAGUCAGGAUGAGGCAGGGAUUGCAGGUUCUGCUUCUGGAAGCCGACCUCCUGUAAGGCGCCCAUCACAGGGCUCGGGCCACUUACCCAGGAGGCCAAGUAAGACACGGCGUCUUGGCACGGAAUCUGCGGCUCCAUCAUCCCCACCCAGGCGACGCAUUUCGGCAGUGUCACCCCAGCCACCACUGGCACUAUUGGCGAGUUCGCAGAGUGAUGAGCCCCGAUCACCUCAGUUAUCUGAGCCCAGCUUGAUGGCCGACGUGGACCAGCAGGGACAAGACCAACAGGCAACCAUCACACUGCAACUUACACCUGUUGACCCAAGCCAGCCAAUACAGCUGCAGGAUAUCCCCCAAGCCUCCAUCAGUCCACAACUGGCACAAGCUCCGCCCCCAACCCAAAUACCAGAUGACUUUUGGGCCAGUUGGACAAGCCAACAGGCACAAAGCAAUGCCAGCCUGACCGCACAUACACAACACCUUGCCAGUCUGCCCCAUCAUCUACCGCGCAUUAGUCGCAACUCGGGCAGACUGAUUGUACAAGUAGGGCGAAUGGCAACCUCAAUGGAGCAAAUAAGGGCUGACAACAGCCAAAUGCUUGCUCAUUUAACGCGCAUCAUAGAUGAGCAACAGCGCCAUCAGCAGGCACUCGUUCAGCUCAUUCAGCACAACCAGGUUGUGAAUGAGUCCUUAUCCCGGAUUGUAGCCAGCCACACUGCAACCAACACUCAACUGAUUGCAAGCAUUAAUAAUUUGAGCAGCAAUAUUACAUUGAUGGGAGCUCACCAAGUAACCUCCAGCUCGGGGACCACGACCCCUAUCCAAACGCCAGUAACCUCCCCUGUUCGGCGUUCCUCCAGAGCACGUGCCAGUGAGCCAGCACAAAGCACAGCACCCAGCACACACAAGCGGAAAAAAUAACCCCAAUGUGAUUUGCAAAAUAAAAAUUUGUAUUUGA